GUAAUGGGAAUGGGUUACAACUCAACAGAUAAAGAUAAACAAAAGCUAACUAAAACAUAUUGAGAAAUAUCAAAAAUUUUGUUUGGGAUUAUCGCUCGUUUAUGUUUAAGCUGGGAGAUAAAAAUUUUUAUAUAAAUACGCGAAGUUAAUGCAGUUUUACAAUAAUUAAUUCAACAACUGAAUUGCAGUAACAGCGAAGAAGAGAUAAUGGCGAAACUCCUAAUUUUUUCUGUUUUGGCUUUAGCUUCGAUUACAUUUGCUGCUAAAGUUUGUCCACCUCAUCAAGUUUAUAAAAGUUGUGGUACAAGUUGUCCCGAAUAUUGUAAUUGGGAUCCAAGCAGUAUAAUUUGUACCUUACAAUGUGUACAAGAUUGUUUUUGCCAGAAGGGAUACGUCCGUGAAGCCGUCGAUUCGAACAAUUGUAUCCCUAAGGGACGUUGCUCCAGAGUGCCAACUUGCAACGAACCCAAUAAAGAAUACAGAAUUUGCGGAAGUCUUUGUCCCAAAUAUUGCGGACAAGACGAUUAUGUUGUUUGUCCGGCUAUGUGUGUCUCUGGAUGCUUUUGUAAAGCUGGAUACGUUUUGGCAUCCGAAGAUAGUAACGAAUGUAUUUUAGAAAGUGAAUGUUCUGUUUAAAAUUUGUUGGUAUAAAAAUUAUUAGAAAUAAAAUAGAAAUUAGAUGAGCAAA